AUGGAGACGGGCGGGUGCCGCAUGGGCGGCGCGGGGCCCGGCGCGAUCACGCUGGAGGAGCUGGACGGGCUGGAGGAGAGCCCCGACUCGGCGUACCACAGCCACGGCAGCUCCCUGGAGGAGGAGGCGGCCGAGCGCAUGGACGACGAGGAGCAGGAGCGCCUGCUGAGCUACUGGCAGAGCGUGGGCAGGGGGCACCAGGUGGACGUGCCCCGCGACAUGGCAGAGCCAAUCCAGCAGCUGACCAGGAACAACAACCCCCAGGAGCGACAGACCAUCCCCUUCACCCUGAUCCAGCGCAAGGAGAAGCUGGGAGAUCUGCUCUAUGAGAAAAGGCAGUAUGGGAAGGCCAAGUGGGCCUGCAUAAAAAUGAAGGAGAAACAGUACGAGCAGAGCAUCUGCCUGGGCUUCAUGAAGCUCAUGAGGUACAUCUGUGAGCAGAACUCCUCAGGGCUGUACCUGGGGAUCACCAUCCCCAUCGUGACCAUCGUGCACACCAACGAGUCCCAGUCGGCGAUGACGCAGUCGGUGACUGUCGCCUACUACCUGCCCGAGGUGCUGCAGGACGAGCCACCACACCCCUUCGACUCGGACAUCAUCAUCGAGGAGUGGCCCUCCACCAUCGUCUACAGCAGGAGCUUCAGGGGCAUCACCAACGAAGACUCGAUCAUGAGAGAGAUCAGCGUGCUGGCAGCCAUCCUGGAGAGCCCCGAGCUGUGCCUGCAGGACACCUUCAUCAUCGCCGGCUACACCAACCCUGCCGCCGCCAACCGCCACAACGAGAUCUGGUUCCUGCAGCGGCCCUGAGGAACCAGAUCUGCUGGUUGCUGCCUGCCCAGCCCUGCUCAGCCCCAGGCCCACACUGCCUGCACAGCCCCAGGUCAGCACCGGGGCUCGGAGCCCCUCUAGGGAGGCAAUCCCCCAGCUCAGCCACCACACCCAAGCCACCCCAAGCACAGUCCCCUGUGUCAACCUGGACAGUCUCUACAUGAUUUCAAUGAGAGUUUUAGCACUUUAUAAGUUAGUUCACCUUAUCUUCUGUUUACAAGAUAAGGCAGGCAGAGACCUCUCCCCUCAGCCACUUACUGGCAUCCCUAGACUGCUUGUGGCUUGGGAUGGUCCCUGGGGAGACCUUGGAGCUCCUGCUCUGGGCACCUGGUGCUGCACCAAGACCCCACUGGGGCUUUCAGUGGGAACACACCAAACCCACCUCAACAUGCAGAAAAAGAAUGUCCAGGUCAUAGUUCCUGAAGAGAACUACCCGAUUUAGCCCCCUGGGAUUGACCCAAGGAGUCAGAGCAGGCCAAUGCCGACUGCUCCGGAUGUCCUCAUCCAUGACACAGAUUCCUAAUGCUUACCUCACAAAGCACCCAACCAAAGGACCUUAAGACUGGAGAAGAGACCAAAAAGGCACCACAGUCCUAAUGCUCAUUGAGGUUUUGAUGGCAAAAGUUACAGGUAACCUUAAUCCCGCACUCCCAGGAAUACUGUGACUGUCUUUGGCAUUCCUAAAUAGCUGCUGGUUAUUUUUGACUCCAGUUUUCUCAGCACUUUUCUCACCACUUUGCUGGAUGUCAAAACACUGCAGUGAAGUAAUUAAUUUGCUCAGUCCUUUUGCCACACCAUUAAUGUAAUAAAUGACACAAAUAUCACAUUAAAAAUCCCAGCCAGAAGUGACCUCUGGCUGUCACCUCUGCAGAGAGGAGGGCCAGGCAGAGCUGGCUGCUCUGGGUCUCCCACAGCUGGAGUUCGAGCAGCUCCAGGGAUGAGGAGCCCACAGCCCCUCUGGGCCCUGUUGCAGUUUGACCAUCCUCACUGUGAGAAUUUUCUCUUCCUGAUUCCCAGUUUCUGGUUUCUUUUGCCCUUCACCCAUAGGAUAAUCCUACAGACAGACAGCUGCCUGCCUGGCAGAAGGGCUGAGAGCAGCAUUCCCACUGUUUCACACAGUCCAAGAGCACCUACUGCACUUUAGAAGUGGGUUAGCAAACAGUUUUGCUCUCAAAAAAUCCCUCCUGAAUGUCUCCCCCUACUGAUGUGAUGGUAGAGUUUAUGCUUAAUAGAAGUGUCUUUUUAUAUAAAAUUUACGGAGUA